UCUCACACACACGCACUGAAUUAGACAUCACCGGUAGCUACCGCUUCAGCUCCGCCGACUCCCCCACCGCCCCCUAACAAUUUAUUCAGACGCCCAUUGGACCCUCCUAACUGGAAAUAAGAAAUUAGGUAAUUGGGUUCUUUGUCCAUGUCUGUCCGAAACCGGCCAUUGACGUUUUCUUUAAGCAUUGUUUAAACAGUAGUACAGUACCCGAUAAAUUAAUCAGUUUCUUCAACUUUGGUAAACUUUGACUCUUCCCUUCCUUUUUUGACCCGUUAACAACAAAACCCGCGUCUUAAACCGGGUUUAUUCCUCGGAUCCUUCACAAUUAUUCUCUUUUUUUUUUUGGAAUUAAUUCGCCUCUACAGAAUUACUACACAAAAGCACUGUUGCGUUUGUUCUGUUAGAUCUGAAAUUAUUUUUAAAUUUCCAUGCGGUGAGAAACCCAGCAAUGGCAACUAAGGACCGGCCUGGCUGCUGCAACCCGGUGUAGAAGCCCGGCCCGGUCUCAAUGGACCAUGUUUUAUCAGCACUAAGGGAGACUAAAGAGGAGAGGGACAUUAGAAUCAGAAGCCUAUUCAGUUUUUUCGAUUCGGACAAUGCGGGUUACUUGGAUUACACGAAAAUCGAGAAAGGAUUAUUUGCUAUGCAAAUUCCAGCUGAUUAUAAGUUUGCUAAAGAAUUGUUGACGGUGUGUGAUAAAGAUAAGGAUGGGAGGGUGGAUUAUCAGGAGUUCAAAAAGUACAUGGAUGAUAAGGAGCUGGAGCUGUAUAGGAUUUUUCAGGCUAUUGAUGUGGAGCAUAAUGGCUGCAUCUUGCCUGAGGAGCUUUGGGAUGCCCUUGUUAAAGCUGGGAUAGAAAUAGAUGAUGAUGAACUUGCACGUUUUGUGGAACAUGUCGAUAAGGAUAAUAAUGGGAUUAUCACUUUUGAAGAAUGGAGAAAUUUUCUUCUACUUUAUCCACAUGAGGCCACGAUGGAGAAUAUAUACCGAUACUGGGAGAGGGUAUGUCUUGUAGAUAUUGGUGAGCAGGCUGUAAUUCCAGAAGGCAUCAGUAAGCAUGUUCAUGCAGCUAAGUAUUUGAUUGCUGGGGGAGUUGCAGGAGCUGCUUCUCGUACCGCUACAGCUCCCCUUGAUCGGCUUAAGGUGGUUUUACAAGUUCAGACUACCCGUGCUUCUAUUGGUCCUGCUGUCAAAAACAUAUGGAAGGAGGGUGGUUUAUUGAGUUUUUUUAGGGGCAAUGGAUUAAAUGUGAUGAAGGUUGCACCUGAAAGUGCAAUCAAGUUUUACACUUACGAAAUGUUGAAAAAUGUAAUUGCUCGUACGAAGGGGGAGGAACAGGGUGACAUUGGAGCUUCUGGGCGUCUUGUGGCGGGGGGCUUGGCUGGUGCAGUAGCACAGACUGCUAUCUAUCCCAUGGAUCUCGUUAAGACUCGGUUACAAACUCAUUCAUGUGAAGGUGGAAAGGUUCCCAACCUGGGAAAACUAUCAAAAGAUAUAUGGGUUAAGGAGGGAUCUCGGGCCUUUUAUAGAGGACUGAUACCAUCUCUUCUUGGAAUUAUACCUUAUGCAGGCAUUGAUUUGGCUGCCUAUGAGACAUUGAAGGAUUUGUCCAAGAUAUAUAUUCUUCAUGAUAGCGAACCUGGCCCUCUUGUGCAACUGGGUUGUGGGACAAUUUCCGGAGCGCUUGGAGCAACUUGUGUUUAUCCUUUACAGGUCGUUCGGACGAGACGAGACCGUUGUAUUACCAAAAUAACCAGGUGCUUACUGUGUAACCAGAAUUCAUGGUUCGACAUUAGAUUUCUUAUACUCGUAAAGUGGGAUGCAACUCGUUACACCUGAUAUCUUACAAAAACUCCUGCACAAAAUGGUGAGUGACCGUUUGAGUAAUUGAACCUCAUCCUCUUAUUACCCAUUGCCCUUUGACUUUGAACCAUAUAUCAUUUGUUCUCCUCAGGUUCUUCCGAAUGAUAUUGAUUAAGCUUGGGACAAAAACACAUAACUAAAGUCUCUACUCCAAGUACCUACUUGUUCUGUGGUUGUGAAAUGUCAAUGCUUCUUCAAUACGCAAGUAACAAGAACUUGGUCUAUAUUCUUGUUUGUAUAGGGCUACGGAUUUUGGUCGUGCACAAUCGCUUGUUCUAUGCUCCAGCUGCCAACAAGAGACAUGUACACCAUCACCUAUGAGAUCGAAGCUUACAGAAGGGCUGCUGCUCCUUUAGGGUUAAAAAAGAAUGCUAAGAUGAUCGUUUGCCUGAUAUUUAGCUAUAGUUAGUUGAACUACCAAGGUGACAUAUAUAUAAGUACUUAAAGGAUGUGUUAGUCAACAGAUAAGUUUUCCGUUUACUCAGCUUCUUUUUGUGAAAACAUUCGUACUAUGAAUAAUUUGGCUGUCGUAUUAGUCUACUGCAAUUUGAAGCGAUUAAUCUUCUUAGCUUUCGAUUUUAUUCUUGUGAAAAGAAUAGUCCAUAUAUGGGCGUCAACUUCUUUGGUCAUUCAUAUAUAUAAUGCUGGGGGAUAGGGCUUUCCGUUGACUCUCAAUACAACAACAAAUCCGGGGUCUGGGAAGUGAUAAUGGGUACGCAAACCUUACCCCUACCCGGAGGAGCAGACUCUGAAUAGCGUUGUGAUUGCACUAAGCAAAUCCAAGCGUGAUGUUUUCUAUGGAUGUUAACUGGUACAGAGAAAAAUAGAGUAAUUAUUUGUUAUAGCUAGUUAAGUUGCAUUUAUAGUGUAAAAUUUCUUUCAUAUUGUCACUACAUAUAGAUUAAAUCCUUGAUAUGCAUGCUAGAAAAGUUGGGAGAAAAGGGAAGAUAAACACCAUUAUACUUAGUGGACUAGAAAGGUAAGAACAAGACUGUAUUUCUUAAAAAGAAGGCAUUGCCUCCAACACCAUUAAUAGCAAAGCAACAAACUCAACAAGGACAUUGGUUGAACAGUAGUUUAAUCAAAAGCUAAAA